AUGUCCCCAUUUCAAUUCUUUCUCCUCUUCCAUUAUUUCCGAUUUUCAUAUCAAUUAGCGUCUUUGCCUUCAUUCCAUCUUUCCAAAUUGACUUUUGUCUUUUUCCAUUUCAACUUUUCAUGUCCUUUCUUCUCUAUUUCUUUGUUUCCUUUUUCAUUUCUUUCUUUCACUUCCUACCUUCAUGUCAUUUCUCAUCUUUUAUCUCACUCCUCUUUUCUUUUAUUCUUUCGUCUCUUUUUCAUUUCUAUAUUUUUCAUUUAUUAUUUUAAUUUUCAUGUCAUUUCUGGAUUUUUUCUUCAUUUCCUCUCUUCAUAUUUCUCGAUUUUUUCAUUUCCCAUUUUUCAUAUAAUUUAUCACGUUUGUGCUUCAUUUUCUCUUAUUCAUCAUUUGUCUUGUCUUUUUCCUCAUUUUCUCUUUCCCUUCACCAUUUCCCAUUUCCUUGCCAUCAUUCUCUUUUAUCCAAUUUAUUCCCACAGGUAUUUCUUCUCACUUUCUUUCUGUAUAGUCUUUAUUUUCGUCAUUAAUCCCUCUUAUUCUUCAAAGUUCAACCUUAAACCAUUUUCCAUUUCAUCUAAAUUUAAUUUUUAUUCUUCUUCAUACAAAUCUUCUUUCUAA